UCUCACACACACACACACACAGUUACGUACAGCAGAAACAGAGGUCUCUCAAAGUCAGCCAUCAGACAUGGGCGAACGACGUACGGCCACCUGUCGGGGAAGACAAGGACCAGAAUAAAGCAUCUGUCCGUGACCAGUACGAAUUCGCUCGCCCAUCACACGCCGCGCCCGCCGCCCGGUACACAACCAAUUUUCAAGCCUCAUGCGCCCUACGAUGUGCCUGGUGUACUGUACUGUACUGUGUUGUAGCAGGACAAUUCGAGUCAAUUAAUUUAGGGUUUUGGUGUUUUUGUUUUUGAGAUGUAGAAUGGCUGAACCGUCGGAGCCGCUAGAAUCCGAGAAACCCUCAGCUGCAAAAUUGGGGGAAUUGGAGCCUUCCAUUAUCGAUGAUGAGUCGCGUUGCGAUCCGGUUGCUGAUGAUCAGCCAUUUGCCGGUGAGGAGGAGGUGCGAUUGGGGGAAUUUCUCGAGAGGGAGUUGCUUGAGCUCGCGAUUAAGCAGGCGGAGAUUGAAUCGAGGGCAAUUGCGGAAGGGGAUCUUGUUGGGGAGGAUCGAGCAGCUGAGGAGGAGAACGGUGGCGAUGGCGAUGGCGAUGGCGAUGGAGAUGGAGAUGGAGGUGAUGAAAUUGAGAAUGAAAGGAAUAAUGGUGAUGAAGUUGUGCCUAGAGAGGAGAUGAUGAUGAUGAUGAAGUCAGGGAGACAUAACAGGAGUAAUAAUCGGAGGAGGAUCGACUAUCCUAUGCGUCCCGAUGCCGAUGAUUGUGCUUAUUAUAUGAAAUUCGGAUCGUGUAAAUUUGGUUCUAGCUGCAAGUUUAAUCACCCGCCUAGGAAGAACAAUCAGUAUUAUUUGAAGUUUGGGGGCUGCAGAUAUGGAAAGGACUGCAAAUACUCUCAUGGUUCGAACAAAAGUUUCUCAGAAAAUAAUCCUGAGUUCAACUUUUUGGGACUGCCAAUUCGACUGGGGGAAAAAGAAUGUCCCUACUACAUGCGGAACGGGUCGUGCAAGUAUGGCUCAAACUGCAGAUUCCAUCAUCCGGAACCUGAAACCGUGGCCGGAGGUGGUUCUUCUUCAAGAUACAACAGCCCCGGAAAUGGCGGAACACUUUCAACACAGCGCAUUUCUCCAUCGACUGGAUCCUCAUGGGGUUCACCUAUCCCAUUUGCAGAUACUCCUCCAUUCGUUCCAGUAAUGUUUCCUCCGACCCAAGGUGGGGGCGUCGCCCCAACUCCCGAAUGGAAUGGUUUUCAUCAGGCUGUUGGCUACCAAACAUCAGAAAAAAGUCUACCAAUGCCACCGGCAUUUGCUCUAAACAAUCUCCCCGGCGAUUUUCCCGUCGAGGAAUAUCCAGAACGACCCGGCGAGCCCGAAUGCGCGUUCUUUUUGAAAACCGGAGACUGCAAAUUCAAAUCGAACUGCAAAUUCCACCACCCGAAGAACCGCGACUCCCACACUAAGAUGAAUUUGUUUUCGCUCAACGACAAAGGUUUGCCGCUAAGACCGGAUCAGCCGAUAUGCACGCACUAUCAUCGCUAUGGCAUUUGCAAGUACGGCCCCGGUUGUAGAUACGAUCAUCCGUCGAAAUUCGGCGUUUCACCCUCUCAAGAUCGCCAUCCGUCGUCGAUCGAUGGAAGAAUCGACGGCGGGGAUGAAGCAUCAGGACAGGUAAGUGAAGGUGAAUCUUCAGUAGAUGCAAAAGCUUGAGUAUAGUAUAGUAUAACAUAAAGUUUAUGACUAGAACAUAUAUAUAUAUAUAUAUAUGUUGCUUUUCGAAUGUCACAACUUUUUCUUUCUUUUUUAUUUUAUUUUAUUUUUUUGUCCAAAGGAAAGCAAGAUUGGAUGUAUUAUCAGGAUGUACUUUGGAAUUAUUUAUCUUUUUAUAUUCAUAAGAUACUUGUUACUGUGA